UAAAAAAAAAAAAAAAACAUUAUCCUUCUCUCCUUUUCCAUAUUUUCAUUACAAGACUGAGAUCAAUACCCACACACAAGAACUCCUAGAUCUUUCACAUGGACCAAGCAGCGAAGCCUCAUCAUCUCAUCGAUUCAAAGAGCGGUUUCAACAGAGAAACAAAGACUUUCCACAGCCUCAGACCCUCAAUUCAUCUUCCUCCACAACACAUUCCUAUGUCAGCAGCUGAAUACGCUUUCUCACUUCGACUACUCAACUCGCCACGGCAGCACCUUGACUCACUCGCUUUCAUCAACUCCUCCACGGGUCAACGCGUCUCCUUCUCCGAGUUCAUUAGCAAAACCCAAAGCCUAGCCUCUUAUCUCCGAUCAGUUAUCGGACUCUCCAAAGGCGACACCGCCUUCGUUCUCUCUCAAAAUCUCGUUCAGGUUCCGAUCCUCUGCUUCUCGCUGCUCUCUCUUGGUGUAGUAAUCUCUCCGGCUAAUCCACUCAACACCGACUCAGAGAUUUCCCGCUUAAUCCAACUAUGCAACCCAGUGAUCGCGUUUUCCACUUCAUCCUCUGCUCACAAGCUUUCAAAUAUUACCACUCUCCGUUUCAAAACCAUUCUUCUCGACUCGCCCGAGUUCGACUCAAUGACCACGAGUAGUCCUCCGAUACAAAAGCUGGACCACGUCGAAGUGAGGCAGUCCGAUUUGGCGGCGAUAUUUUACUCGUCGGGGACCACCGGAACAGUCAAAGGAGUGAUGGUGAGUCACCGGAACCUAAUGGCGAAUGUGGCCGGAGCUUACGCGAACCGGACGACGGAGAGAAAAUCGCCUGCGGUGCUCCUCUGUACGGUGCCAUACUUUCACAUGUACGGGUAUUCGUUUUUUUUGAAGUCGGUGGCUAUGAGCGAGUGCGCGGUGGUGAUGGAGAGGUUUGAUUUGAGGAAGAUGGUGAGAGCGAUGGAGGAAUUUAGGGUGACCCACUUGGCGCUGGCUCCACCGUUACUGGUUGCUAUGGCUAAGAAUGAUGAUGUAACGGGCGGUUGUGAUCUGAGCUCGUUGGAAGAGGUUGUGUGCGGCGGCGCUCCGCUUGGGAAGGACGUUAUCUCCGCUUUCUUGGCAAGGUUUCCGAGAGUUGCCCUUCUGCAGGGUUAUGGCCUUACUGAAUCAACAGGAGGAGUGUUCAGAACAUGGGGUGCCGAGGAGAGUGUUCAUUGGGGAGCAGCAGGGAAGCUUUCGGCAGGUUUUGAAGCUAAGAUUGUGAACCCAGACACAAGUGAUGCUUUGCCUCCGGGCAAGCAAGGAGAGCUUUGGAUUAAAGGAGCUGCGAUUAUGAAAGGUUAUGUUGGUGAUCCCGAAGCAACUUCUGCCACCUUAGUAGCUGAUGGGUGGUUGAGAACAGGUGAUCUUUGCUAUAUUGAUGAGGAAGGUUUCCUUUAUGUUGUAGAUAGGCUUAAAGAAUUGAUUAAAUGUAAGGGAUACCAGGUAGCUCCUGCAGAGCUGGAACAUGUGCUUCAAUCUCAUCCGGAGAUAGUUGAUGCUGCUGUUAUACCAUACCCAGAUGAAGAAGUUGGUCAGGUGCCAAUCGCUUUUGUGGUGAGACAACCUCAAAGCAACCUUGAUGAAGCAGAAAUAAUGGAUUUUGUUGCAAAACAGGUUGCACCAUACAAGAAAAUAAGGCGUGUAACAUUUGUCAACUCCUUACCAAAGAGUGCGGCUGGAAAAUUAUUGAGAAAGGAUUUGAGGAAGAUUGUUACUUUGAGCUCUUCUUCUAGGUUGUGAUUUUUUGUUGUGCAAUGUAUAGUAAACAUAUGAAACUCGCCAAUCAUGUCUGAUGGUGAUGAUGAUAAAUAUGUACUUACUAGUUUGUUGGAAUUAAUUAAAGUUUCAAAGUAAAGUCUACCAUUGCGAUGAGAUA